AAAGUUGCUCCUUUUUAGUUGUUCACGAUUGGCUGGCUUUGAAAGUUAUUUCCUGCACGCCAUCAAACAGUGGCGAUUCAGUAGUAACAUAUCUUGAAGUGCUUCCCCGUCUCGGACCUGACGUCGCUGACCUACAUCCAGCAUGAUCAAGUCAGAAAAUAACAGUUGGGAUCAGGUUUUUCAAUAGACGCCGAAGCCAAAAAUACCGAGAAUGGCGACUUUUGGAUUUAUCAUCUUUAGCGUGCUGCUUUAUUCGACGUCUGGGCAGGAUGAAAUCGUCUACCCAUUGAGGUAUGAAAAUCAACAACUAGCAACAAGAAUCAACUGCCAGGUCGAAGAAACGCAGCACUUUCAUUACUCAAGUACCACGAAAUUAUGGGGUGUUAUGGGUGGGGAAGUCAUAAUAAAUGCAGACGUUGCGCUUCGUUGCUUGGGAGAUGACAAGGGUGGCAAAUAUGAAUCUGAAGCCUUGAAGUACCUUACAGAAGUUUCUAACUUAGUUAUAGAAGAAAGAAAUGAAAAAGUGAAAAGGGCUGCAAGGAGUGUAACAGCACGAAGACAGAAAAAAGAUGUUAAAGAAUUUUUCACCAGUGCCUGGAAUCGCAUUAAAAAUUUUUUUAGCCGAGUAUUCGGACGUGGAGAACCCGAAAUAACUCCAACUCUGCCAAGUAAUCCAGUUGAUGAGAGGAAAGAGUUACCAGAAGAUGAGUCAGAAGAAGAUUUCAAUAUGAAUGAUCUCUUAGUACUGUAUUCAACACCUUUCCAGUUUGUACAACUGGCUAAUGGAUCAAUACCCGAAAUUCGUUUCGCUGAUAAUGAAGCGGAUGGAAGGGUGAAAAAUUUUAAGCGUCAUCUUGUCGAUGCCUUCGCUACUCAACUUAACUUUAACAAGAGAGAAAACGCCGUGGUGGAAAAUUCUGUAAUAGGUGAACAUACAUCUAAUUAUAAUAUUACAGUAACGGAAAAAAGUGCUCCAUUAAAUAUCGCCGGUUGGAGUGCUGUGAAAAUGGAACAGCCCACAGUGGUUAUCAACAAACAAAUAACUGAAAAUGAUAUUUUGUCUCUUGCACCCAGCGAGGCAUUGAAUGACAGAGACAAGAUAGCGCUCAACAUGCAGCAAAUGCAAGUUUUCCAAGGAGGAAGAAUGUUAUCUAGUAGUGGCACUUCAUCGGUAGUUCUGCUUCCAAAUGCUGAAGGCAGACGAUCUCGUCAGAAACGGGAUACCGAAGAUGAUAUUUUGGCUUAUUUCAAAGCUCAUUCAGUUUACGAAAUUCAGUUAAAGAAGAAACGCAAGCGUUCGGCAAAAAAUUCUUUUGAAAACGAGACACGUGAAAAGCGCUCUUACGUGCCAGCAAGUCGCACUGCGGAAGUGGAAGAUCAUCCUAACAGACAAAGGUUGCGACUUCUUCAGAGAUCAACGGGAGAUAUCACUUCGCUGUUUGAGAAUUUGCUCAGCAGCCAAGGGCAUGAUUACGAAGAAAAAAUGCAAGCUCUGUUUGAAAUGAUAGAAAGAGAGAUCAACUAUAACUUGGAUAAGGAAAAAGAUUCGGUAUCGAAUGCUGCCAGGAAACUACUUUCCGAACAGACAAUGCAUAACAUGUGCUCGAAGAAUUUUUCAAUCUGCAAAGAUUUUCUGCAACUUUUGGCUCUUGCCGGCGGACCUGAGGUAGAAAAUGUUCUUCUGUCCUUCUUCAAAAGUGAAACUUCACUAUCCCCUAUCGAUUUGCAAACUGUUGCUGAUAUUAUUUCGGAUGUCAGCCAUCCAUCUCCAUCGUUCUUGACUUCUCUCAGUGAACUGAUUAAGGAAGAAGGCUUGGAUGAAGGCAUUUUGAGUUCUCUUUGCCUCAGCCUCGGUCAUCUCGGUUCGAAUGCCGAACCGACAGAAAAGAACAAGGUAUCAGCAGCUUUAACAGAACUGUUGAAGAAAAGACAAAAUGAAUGUCGAUCCGACCCUCUCAUUUUAGAUGUUUUGGAAGCUAUAGGAAAUCUAGGAUGUGAAAAUACAAUUGCCCAUGUCAUAGAGGUUUCUUCUAAAUGCAGAACAAAUGAAGCUGUUCAAAUCGCUUGCGCUCAUGCGCUGAGACGUUCCAGCCAUUUAGAAUCAGUGCAACAGUGGAUGAAGAAUAUUAUUACUGAUGGAGACUGCGAAAUUACUCAAACAGUUAUUGGUUCACUUAUGGAUAAGAUACAGGACCAAGAGAUGACUCCAGACGAAGCACUGUGGCCUCGAUAUGGAUUUAACGAAAUCGAUAAAAUUCUCAGAGAUCGCCUUCACACUUCUCGCUGCAACAUGGAAGAUAUUAUACGAUAUUUCUACAGGAAGAAGAAUACUGAAGCUAAAGAAAUUGCUGAAAAUUACUUUGGACCUGAAUCCGAACCUUGGAACUCUGAACAUGAUAGUCGACAAAAAAGGGCCAUAUGGGAUGAUCUCAACUGCAACGAAUGGACAGAAGAUAGUAAAUUCAAUCCUAUCCAGGACAAGGAAGAAUUUGCUACUGACAGAGCCACUUACAAUAAGAGGAAAAGUUGUUUAGCAUUCCGGAGAUUAGGUGUUAAAGGAGCAAAUUCAGAAAUUUAUGCUGGUAUGUUUGCUGGUUUGAAAGAACCCAGUGAUCCUCCAAAGUACAAACUAUUCACAAAGUUUGUUUCUGGAUUAAAUUUUCUAGGGCAUGAAAUGGAAAUUGGCUCAUUUUAUUUUUAUCACCACAGUGGACAAACAAAGGCAUAUGUCAGGAUCAUGGGUAGAACCCGGCAGGAGUUCACACACGACGGUUGCACACCAACGGAUCUCAAAUACAGACCAUUAAAGCACAUACCACUUUACCUCUUAAGUAUAUCUACUGUGCAGAUAAGUCUGGGUAUUCACCUAAGUAGUCAACUAGCAUUAGACACUGCUUGUCCUAAUAAAGAAGUGUACCAGCUUGAACCACUCACAAAUGUUAGAAUUGGAGGCGAAGCCUUGGGAACUGUACUACUUGCUAGAGGGGGUGUGAGUUUAGGAGCAAAUUUCAACUACAAGCUGCAGUUUACAUUCACCCCGUCACCUAAUAUGUGUCUCAAAGGAAGUCAUGGAUACGAUCCAAUGAGUAUCAGUUUUGAAACUUACUACCAGCUUUGGAAUACAGUUAAAAAUGACUGGGGUAAAACUAGAACUUGGAAACCCAACUUCCUGUCUUGGGAAAUAAAACGCGGAGAGAUGAAACCUUGGUUUGACGACACGUGCAUCGCAACAGAACCGUACGAAUCAUUGCCUUUUGAUACCGAGAGGGAACUUGAAUAAAGUAACCACUGGCUGGCUUAGUGGACCAGUACACAUUCUGUAGCUGUCAUUUAAUCCAUCUUCGAUGAAGAGUUUGUCACUUAUAAGUGUGCGAAAAGUACCUGUUCCUAAAAAAUGCUCAUUAUCGUUAAUAAAUCAUAUUUAAUUUCUAUUCAU